AUGUUCAGUGAACCUGCUUACAUUGCGAUUCCAGGGGCUUUUAUAACAUUUAUUACUGCUAUUCCUCUUUGGUACUUUUAUAGAAGAAGCGAUAGGUAAAUAUAUAAAGCAAGAUCUCCACUUUUAAGCAUAAAUUGUUUGAUAUUUGAGUUAAUUUGCUUUUGGAUUAUUUUAGUUUCAUCUGUAAUUAAUUAUAAUGAGGAACUUCCUACAUAGAUGAAUGUGACUUUAUGGCAAUGCCCUAAUGAAAAUUCAGUUAUAAAUUUGGAUAGAUAAGUUACAUUAAAUACAAUUUUAAUAGCAAUAUUCACAGCAAGAAUAAAUCCUUACUUUUGGAUAGUCAUAGUGCUUGACUUGUGGGUUGUGGUAGCCACAGGAUAUAUAGUCAUUUAUGUUGAUAUGAAAUAGUAAGGUGAAUCAUAUGUCUUAUUUCACGAAACUCUUAUAGAAAAUAUACAAAAUUUUAUGCUACACAAAGAUCAAUACGACUACAAAUAAAUAUUUUCCCUUUUUCUUAACAAUCUUGCUUAUGAUAAUAAGAAAAGUUCUUUUAGUUCUUAAGUUUCAGAAAACCAUUUGAAAAAAUCUAUGAUUAUAUACGAUUUAUAUAUAGAUAUUAUUUUGAUUGAAAUAAAUAUAAAUGAAGAUGAUUCAGAGAUAGAAUCUAUUUAGGCCUAGAAUAACAAUAAUAAUAAUGCAGAAACCUAAAUAUAAUCAUAAUUUUAAUCUAUAAUAAGCGAUUAUUUUACACCAACAAAUAAAGACACUUACCUUGGGGCUUUAUAUGGGAUUGAUUAAUAAUGUAGAAGAAAUAUGGAUUUAUUCUAGUAAAGUGAAACAAGCUCAGUAUCAAUAUCAAAUUAGCUAGUAAAUGUAAUAAUUACAAAAACAAAAUCCUAUAUGAAUGAAUUCUUUAAUGAAUUUAAAAAGACUCAUUCUUUUCACUUUAUUAGAAUUAUGAUGGCUAAUAAUAGCUCUGUAUGUUAGAGAUUAGCAUCAUUUAACCUGAUUUCUUUUAACAAUUAAUGA